AGAAACAGAGGAAUUGUAGAGAGAGAAAGUUUUGGGGGUUGGGAUCAAACGAGCACGGGGAAGGGGGACGAGUCUGAAGCGCCAUUAUUACAUCAAAUUCACACAGAGAACACGCACUAGCCUAUAUGUACUCAUAGCUGCGUGUCCGUAUUUAUCCCUGUAGCGAUAUUCCAAAGCAUUUAUGUCGUAAUUUUUUACGUGCUCUAGGGCAGGAAUUCGUUAAUAAUUUGCGCAGGGUUGAGGUACCUUUGUGGCAUCAGAACCAAAACCCCAGGACGAUAGGGGCCUGCCCUUUUCAGCCCCUAGAGCAAUUGUUUCUUGGCUCAAUUGCAAUUGAGGAGCUCAUUACGAUGAAAUAAUGGAGGGGAUUACCUGCAUGUGCUUGAGUGGGGAAUGCAUGGAUGUAGUUCACUUUCUGUUCUCUUAAUCAGUGCCAAUUUUGGUUCUAUGGGAGGAGCUGUUGAAGGUGGAGUUGGUGUUGCUGAUAAAACUUCUCCACGACGAGCAGCAAUUGAGAAGGUUCAAGAAGAGCUCAGGAGAGAGUAUGAUUUUCGUGAGAAAAGGAAGAGAGAAUUGGAGUUUCUUGAGAAUGGUGGAGACCCCUUAGAGUUUUUUAAGAAUUUUAAGGAUAGGAACACUUCUAUAGUUAGUGUUCAGUCAACAUCAUUUACUGAUCAACAUCCCGAACAGUUGUUGACAAGUGAAGCAAAAGGUAGUUUUGCAUUGACUGCAUCACCUCAUGGAGACUCUGUUGAAAGUAGCGGCAGACUUGGAGCAAAUCCUUGUGAACCUAAUAGUGCUGAUAAUCUCAGUUUACUUGGUGGUGAACAUGAAUUUUCUGAAGGCAAUAGGAUGUUGCAUCCCAAGAGAAACAAUGUUGUGGCAUCUGAAAUGUUAUCCCAGUUGGAUGGGAAUCAAAGAGCUUGGAAACGUGCCGAUUCAGCUACUUUUAGCCACCCUAGAAAAGCAUAUAAAAGGCGUAACAGGCCCCGCCCAAAUCGUGAUGGAACUAGAUCAAGUUCAACGGAUGUAAAUCCAACUGGUGGGAGUCUUACUUCUUUACCUUCUCAUCAUGGUCUCACUGAGGUCAGGGAAAUAGUUACUGAUACAGGUAUACAGAAUAUAUCAUCAAAUAGUAAUUCAAAACCUUUAAGUCCAAUAGAAGGCACCCUUCACAAGACUGGACAAAUGGAUGCCACAGAGACAAAAGAGGUAGCUGGUAAACCUGUAGAAUCAGCAAAGGACCUGGUUGAAGGUGUUCCUCUGGAUGCUGCAGAAGCUGUUAAUUUUGAACCUGAACAAGCUGAUCAAUUUAAUUAUCAAUCACAGUCUUGUGCCGUGAAAACCCCACUUCAACUGGAUUCUGACCCACCUGAGAUGGAUGAGACAACAACUGCAGUUCCUGAAUGUGAGCUAAGUGGGGUGGCUGCUAAAGUUGAAAACUUACCUAGUUCCUGUGAGAUUAAUGAGCUUGGUGGGGAAAAGUUGGAGCAGAUGGCAAUAGAUGAUAAUAAAGCUGAAGCCUCUCAUGUCAUAAAGGGUUUGAAUUCUGAGUUACCUUGCACUCAAGCAAACUUAAGUAUGAAUGAGAGUAAUGAAAGUGAUAUGUGCACUAAACCGACAAUUGAUGAUUCAAAUGGGAAGAGUAAAGAUCAACCUUCACUGCCCGAUGGUAUGGCAGUUGUGGAAGGUGAUGGAUUUGUAGAAGAAAAGAAUCCCGAGGAUGUUGUCAACAUGGAAAACAGUUCUGCUUGCCAAGAAAUAGAUCAAAGCGUCUCUGGUUUGGAAAAUGAGGUAGAAGGUCAAUUUGGCAGCAGUGGAAUGGAAGCUGGUGAACCCAAUGAACCAGAAUUAGGGAAAAAACCUUCUGAUAUAUUGGGUGACAAUCCUGUGACCCACAAUGAUAAAUCAUGCAAUAUUAGAUGCCAAGACACUAUGGACACUUCAGUUUCAGAUUUCCAUGAUGUUGGUACUGUUCCUCCUGAUGCCCAAACAUUAUCUGGAUCUGACUCAAAAUUGGAAAGAAAAAUUGAUGAAGACUCAGUAUUGAAAGAAGCACAAAUAAUCGAGGCAAAACGAAAGAGGAUUGCAGAGUUAUCUGUUGUUACUUCACCAAAGCAACUUUCCCCAAAAUCUCACUGGGAUUAUGUGCUUGAAGAAAUGUCUUGGUUGGCAAAUGAUUUUGCUCAGGAGCGAAUUUGGAAAUUAGCUGCUGCUGCUCAAAUAAGUCGAAGAGCUGCCUUUACAUGUCAAUUGAGAAUACAAGAAAAGCAUUCUGGCUUGGAGGCAAAGAAAGUUGCUAGUAAAUUAUCAAAAACUGUCAUGGAUUUUUGGCGUUCAGUAAAGGAGAGUCACGAUGUGCUUGAGGAGAAAAGCCAAAAGGAUGGAGCCCUUACUGUUCGUGCUUAUGCUUCAAGAUUUAUGAAAUAUGACAAUGCCAAUGUCAUACAUCAAGCGGAGGGACCACUGACACCAGACAGACAAGCUGACAUGGGAACACAUGACCUCUCAUGGGAGGAUAACUUGACAGAAGAGAACCUCUUCUACACAGUGCCCCCAAGGGCUAUGGAGAGAUACAGAAAUUCAGUUGAAUCGCAAGUGUUCCAGUGUGAGAGAAUUGGAAGCACUGUGCCAGAGGAAGUGGAAACAUCUGCCUGUGAUGCUGCUGUUGACAUUGAAUCUCAAGAUAAUAAUGGUUAUGAUGACGAUGAGGGGGAAACAGGCACAUAUGACAUGCCAACAGCUUUUGAUUGUAGCAAGUCUUCAAGAAUUGGCCAAAAGAAGAGAAAGCAAUUAACACAUUCAUAUCGUGUGAGACCAAGUGAAAUGAACUCUGAUAUGUUAGCAACAUCGUAUGGUGAAAGCAAAGCUCUCGCUCAACCAUCCACUUUAGUGGCAAAGCGGCCAGGUGGAAGCCUCAAUGUGUCAAUCCCAACGAAACGUGUCCGCACUGCUUCGAGAAGAGUUAUAAGCCCUUUUAGUGCAGGGACAUCUGGAUAUGUUCAGUUACCAAAUAAAGCAGAUGCUUCAAGUGGUGAUACCAGCUCUUUUCAGGAUGAUCAGAGUACUUUUCAUGGUGGCUCAUUUGUUCCAAAUAGUGUGGAAGUCCAGUCCACUGGGGAGUUUGAAAAGCAAUUACAGUAUGAUACCACAGAAGUGUCGGCCAAGCAUAAGAAGAAGAAGAAAGCAAAGCAUCUUAAUGCUACCUAUGAUCCCAGAUGGCAGGUCGAUUCGUCCUAUCAGAACGAGCAGAAGGAUCACUUGAAGAAGACUCAUCCACUGGAUGCUAAUGGUUUGUUGGGUCAACCAGUGCUAAAGAAGCCGAAGACUAUGCGGCAAUCAUUGGAAAACACUUUUGAAAAUAUCACCCCACUUGGUGUGUCUGUUCCUUCUCCAGUAGCGUCUCAAUUGAGUAAUAAUCCGAAUCAAAUUAUUAAAAUUCUUGGUGGACGUGAUCGGGGUAGAAAAUUUAAAACUGUUAAGCAUUAUGAUAUCUAUCAGAUGAGGGAUGCUCAGCCCAGUUCUGGAACUCCGUGGACAAACUUUGAGGAGCAGGCACUUGUUGUACUCGCACACGACUUGGGCCCAAACUGGUAUCUUGUAAGCGAUGCCAUUAACAGUACCAUGAAAUUCAAGUGCAUAUUCCGAAACGCAAGUGAAUGCAAGGAGCGUCAUAAUGCUUUGAUGAAAAGAGCUUCUGGGGAUGGAGCCGAUAGUGCUGAAGAUUCUGGGUCCUCUCAACCUUAUCCUUGUUCAUUGCCUGGCAUACCCCAGGGAAGUGCCAGACAGUUGUUUCAGCGUUUGCAAGGGCCAGUGGAGGAGGAUACUAUCAAGGAACACUUUGAGAACAUCAUAGCGAUUGGACAGAAGUAUCACCGUUGCAAAACUCAGGAUCCCAAACAACUUCAGCAACCUCAUAGCUCUCACGCAGUUGCUCUCUCUCUAGCAUGCCCAAAUUACCUGAACGGGCAGUCUGUUUUAACCCCUCUUGAGUUGUGUGAUGCCAUCACAAGCUCUGAUCUGACUGACUAUGAAGGACAAUCUUCUGGUGGAUUUGGUUUUUCAAAUCAGGGCAAUGUAACUCCAAUGCAUCCUGCAUCUGGUGGCAGUUCGAUGAUGCAAGGAUCUGGAAAUGUUAUUCUGGGAAAUAACUUUUCAUCAGUACCAGGCUCUUUGAAUCCCUCUGCUAGUAGGGAUGGUAGAUAUGGGGUUCCUAGACCUACUUUGUCAGCUGAUGAACAGCAAAGGAUGCAACAGUACAAUCAAAUGAUGUCUAGUCGUAAUAUACAACAGCCCAAUAUCUCAGCUCCUGGAGCAAUGCCAGGAAACAAACAUGCUGUCCGUCUUCUUCCUGGUGGUAAUGGUGUCAGUGUAAUGUGUGGAGUUAAUAGAAAUAUGCAAGCAAAAAGGAAUGGGUUCCAGGGAGUAGGUUCAUCUUCUAUUGUAAAUUCUGGGAGUAUGGUUUCCCCGGGUUUGCCACCAGCUAAUAUACAUUCAGGAGUGAGCUCUGGUCAGGGGAACGCAUUGUUGAGACCUCGUCAACCUAUGCACCUUAUGCGGCCUGGAUCUGGUCAGGAUUCACCAAAUCAAAUGGCAGCACCUGACAUGCAGGUCCCACAAGGAAUUAGCCAAGGAAUGCCUCACUUUGGUGGAUUGAGUCCCCCCUUUCCUAGCCCGUCUGCAUCUCCUCCAGUGUCUACAUAUUCUACUCAUCAGCCACCACGACCAAUGUCUCCCCAGCAACCACAGGUUCUUAGCCCUCAUCACCCUCUUAUUCAAGGACCAGCAAGUCCAAUUACAAACUCAAUGCAAGCUUAUGCUAUUCGAAUGGCUAAAGAGAAGCAGCAACAACAUUAUCUGCAGCAGCAGCAGUUACAGCAGCAGCAGCAGCAGCAGCAGUUACAACAGCAGCAGCAGCAGCAGCAGCAGCAGCAGCAGCUACAUCAACAGCAGUUUUCUCCAUCUAGUUCUUCGGUGCCACAUGUACAAUCACCAUCUCAGCCUCCUGUGUCAUCUCCUUUGCAGAAUAGUUCACAAGGUCAACCCCAGGCGGUUUCUCCACUGGUGCCACUGUCUCCUUUGGCUACUGCUUCUUCGAUGAACUCUAUGUCUCAGCAUCAGCAGAAGCAUCAGGCACCAACUCUGGGAAUUGUUCGGAAUGCACAAGGUGGCGCCAAUCAGGCCAAUAAGCAGCGACAAAGGCAGCAGCAACAACUUUCUCAAGCAAAUAGGCAACAUCCUCAGGUGCGGCAGCAACCCCAAGUUCAGCCACCAGCUAAGGCUGCUGGAAAGGCUGUUGGUCGAGGGAAUAUGAUGGUGCAUCAGAACACUUCAAUUGAACCCUCACUAGUGAAUGGAGUUCCUACAAGUCCGGGUAAUCUUUGCACAGAGAAAGGUGACGCUAUGAAACUUCCGACACAAAAUCAAAGCUCGUAUGCUGGUUCUCUGCUAAAUACUGCACAAGCAACAAGGCAGUAUGUUCCUUCCCAGUCGAUGAAUCAGUCAAUGCCUCAGCAAAAAUUAUAUCCUGGCCAGCCAGCCUCUUCUGCCAAACAUCAACAUCAGCUUAACUCACAUUCAGGUAAUAUCAGUCAAGGUAAUGUUCCGCCAGUUGCUCCCAGUUUGUCUGCUGCCCAUCAGCCUUUGUCUUCGCCAAUGGCUGGGAAAAACCAACAACAGGCACCUCCUCACCAGAAGGUGAAUCUGAAGAGAGUCACUCAGUCAAAUCACCACAAAAUUUCUGAUCCAUCAAAGAAAUCACAGAGCAGAGAUGUCGAUGGUGAUCAGCAUCCAACUUGUAGCUCUGCUGAGAUGGAUACAUCAGCAACAUUGCCUCAGGCCACUAAAAAUUCAACAAAUGUGGUACACAUCCCUACUGGAAAUGCUUAUCAUUGGCAUGCUUCAGAACCAUUAUCGGAUCCAAAAGCUCUGGAGUCCGCAACAAAGUUGAAUUCAUUAGAGUCAGUUCCUUCAAACCCUGGUGAGCCUGCUCCCCAUGUCAAUCAAGGGCCUGGACAGAGACCACCACCUGCUAGCUUACCCGCUAUUAGACAUGAUGUUAGUGCACAACGGCAGCAGCCAUCACAGUUGCAGCAUCCUAAUUCUCCCAUGCCCAAGACUCAGCCUCAGCCGCUGCCAUCACUACAUUCACAACAGCAGGAGCAGCUUCUUCAAGCAGGGAAUGGCAAUCUAUAUGGUAGGAAUGGUGACCGUAGGUUGGAAUAAAAAUCAGCUAACAGGUUGAGCAAUGAUGACUGCUCCUGCUCGGCUCUGGCCCGCAUACUCUGGGACAAAAUGUACAGGUUGUGGUUCUCUGUUUGGGCGAAAAAAGAUGACAUACCGAUCUUGUCCAAGAGACAAUUUGCUGUUGAAAGCUUUGGUUGUGUUGUAUAUUAUCUUUGGCUUUGUAGCGCAUCAGGGAGGUAGACUUUAUCGGUAGGUGUACAGGAUCUCUUAUCUCCUCUUGGUUACAUUUUGCUUUAUGCCACUAAUUCACUUCUCGGUCAAUGGGCCAUGUUGGUUCUCACCUGCAUAGAUCACUCACUUAGCGUCGCCCACGUCUCUAGGGGUGGCUCUCAUUGUUAUGGCCAAAGGCUGUGGAAUUUUUGUGAAUAUAUUAGCCUUCUUCAGUUUGCUAUUGUUAA